AGAGAAGAGGAGGAGGUGGGCUUGCUGGCGGAGAAAGUAUCAGUGGCGGCGGCGGUUCUUCACCUCCGGCUACAAACAGGAAGCUCGUCCGCGGUGCCGGGCUUCCACCUGAGACUGGAGACACCCGGCCAGAUGAUCGCCUCUUACUCGACUCUUUUACGCCCGAUACUAAUCUUGUCGUAAACCGUGACGAGGUUUGUUUUCUUGCAACGCUGUCUAAAGUCCUUCCAAGAAGGGUGACCCAAGGUCCUUAUGGUUGAGGUGGUGUGUGCUACCUCUUGCCAUGCCUCCAGCCAUGACAGACCUCCUGGACAUAUGGGCAGACCAUUCGCCCUUGGCUGGCCAUGCCCCGGACCAAAUCACGGUAGAUUUCUUGCUUCCCACUGGUAUCUACAUUCAAAUGGAUGUUCCACGCGAGGCCACCUUUCAACAUAUCAAACUGCUCUUAUGGAAACACGCUCAGACAUUCCCCUUGUUUCCUGCCUUGGGCGAGAUGGAAAGCCACAUGUUCCAGUGUGUCAACCAGACGGCCGUGCACGAAGAACUAGAAGAUGAAACGAGGAGACUUUGUGAUGUUCGUCCCUUCUUACCGGUUCUCAAGUUGGUGACACGCAACUGCGGUCGAGCUGAACGGCUGCUGGAUUCCAAAAUUGGUGUGCUUAUCGGCAAGGGCCUUCAUGAACUCGAUGGCAUGAAUGACCAGGAAGUAAAAGACUUUCGCUGUAAAAUGUCUCGCAUCAGUGAAGAGAGAAUGCAACGUCUCCAGAUGAUGACAUGGACAGAGUGGUUGCAGGCAUGUUUUUGCCCACAGCUUGAGCCUUGGAUCAGCAAAGAUGGACUCAAUGACCGCUCAGCUACCUUAAAAGUCAUCAUCCAUGUUGACCAAUCUCAGGAUUCUGCCUGUUUGAAAGUGCCUGCAUCCUGCAACGCUGUCGAGCUGAUAGAACUGGCUGUAAGGAAGUGGUUGACCACUCAUGGGCAUGAGGAGGAGGCAUGGAGAGGACAGUAUGUCCUGAGAGUCAGCCAUUGCAUGGAGUUCCUCUGUGGAGACCAUGCGCUCUGUGAAUACAAGUAUAUACGCACGUGUAUGCAGGCAAGGGAGUCUCCACACCUUACCCUGGUUUCCUCCAGUACAGUCAAGGCCAUGUUUGAAAAGGAAAUCACCGCCAUUGGGGCAGUAGUCAGUCGCAAGUCCUCCAACCCACCUCUGCCCCUACCUCCAAAAAGAAGGGUUCCCGUGCAAGCACAGACUUGUGUGUGGGAUGUGCCAAGCCCAUUUAAGAUAGUUCUAUUGAAAGGCUGCAAGGUGAAUGCGGAGGAGACUGCUAAGGUCCAGGUCAGGGCCGGGCUUUUUCACGGAACAGAGCUUUUAUGCAAACCAGCUGUGAGCAGCGAGAGCAACGGCCGCUCAGAGCACACGUGGAAAGACAGCACAUUAGAGUUUGACAUCUCGGUCUGUGACCUGCCGCGGAUGACACGCCUGUGCUUUGCCAUCUAUGCCGUCAUGGAUAAGGUCAAGAAGCAGAAGUCUACCAAAAACGCCCAUCCAAACAAGUACCAGACUAUUCGCAAAGCAGGGAAAGUGCACUACCCCAUAGCCUGGGUGAACACAAUGGUGUUUGACUACAAAGGUCAUCUAAAGAUGGGAGAUAUCAUCCUUCACUGCUGGUCUUCGUUUCCUGAUGAACUUGAAGAGAUGCUGAAUCCCAUUGGAACUAUUCAGACCAAUCCAUUCACAGAAAACGCCACAGCUCUGCACAUCAAUUUCGUCGAAUACUCAACGCACCCCAUCAUUUUCCCUCCCUUUGACAAGAUCCUGGAAAAGGCUGCUGAGAUUGCUGGAGCAAGUGACUGUGCACAAAUGAGUCGUGGCGGUAAGAAGUUCCACAUUGAGCUGAAGGAGAUCAUGGAGCGCGACGCACUCUCUCAGCUAUGUGAGAAUGAGAAGGACUUGAUCUGGACACUACGCCACGACUGCCGAGAAAAUUUCCCUCAGUCACUGCCCAAGCUGUUGCUCUCCGUCAAGUGGAGCAAACACGAGGACAUGGCCCAGCUGCAAGCACUGCUUCAGAUUUGGCCUAAACUGUGUCCAAGAGACGCACUGGAGCUUCUGGAUUUUAACUAUCCAGAUCAAUAUGUCAGAGAGUAUGCUGUACGCUGCUUGUAUGAUAUGAGUAACGAAGAGCUGUCACAGUACUUGCUUCAGUUGGUUCAGGUGUUGCGUUAUGAGCCCUAUUAUGACUGCGCCCUUACCCACUUCCUGCUGGAGCGAGCCCAAGGAAAUCGCAAGAUAGGGCACUUCCUCUUCUGGCACUUAAGGUCAGAAAUCCACAUGCCUGCUGUUUCAGUUCAGUUUGCCCUCAUGCUCGAAGCCUACUGUAGAGGCAGUAUCCCUCAUAUUGAGGUUCUAAAGAAACAGGUGGAAGCCCUGAGUAAGCUAAAGUCAGUGAAUGAGCUAAUAAAGCUGGGUACCAUGAAGAAUGCUCGGAGUAAGUUGACCAAGGAGGCCAUGAUGACUUGCCUAAAGCAGAGUGGCUACUCGGAGACUCUGUCGGACCUGCACUCUCCUUUAAAUCCCAACAUCCUGCUGUCAGGCAUGAAUGUGCAAAAGUGUCGCUACAUGGACUCCAAGAUGAAGCCGCUCUGGAUUGUUUACAACAACAAGCUGCUGGCAGGAGACACCUUAGGAAUCAUCUUUAAGAAUGGGGAUGACCUAAGACAAGAUAUGUUGACACUGCAGAUUUUGCGGUUAAUGGAUUUGCUAUGGAAGGAGGCUAAUCUUGAUCUCAGGGUAGUACCAUAUGGUUGCCUAGCGACAGGUGACCGGGCAGGGCUGAUUGAAGUUGUGUCAUCGGCUGACACGAUUGCCAAUAUCCAGUUGACCAGCUCCAAUGUGGCAGCCACUGCCGCAUUCAAUAAGGAUGCUCUGCUCAACUGGCUCAAGGAACGCAACUCUGGAGAUGCUCUUGAUCGGGCCAUUGAGGAGUUCACCUUGUCAUGUGCAGGCUACUGUGUAGCCACAUAUGUCCUCGGCAUUGGGGACCGCCACAGUGACAACAUCAUGGUCCGCAGCACUGGGCAGCUCUUCCACAUAGACUUUGGUCACAUACUGGGCAACUUCAAGUCAAAGUUUGGCAUAAAGAGGGAACGUGUGCCAUUCAUCCUCACACACGACUUUAUCCACGUCAUACAACAGGGCAAAACUGGGUACACUGAAAAAUUUGCCAGCUUCCGUCAGUACUGUGAGGAAGCUUAUCUCAUCUUGAGGAAGAAUGGGAACCUCUUCAUCACCCUGUUUGCCCUCAUGCUUACCGCUGGCCUGCCUGAGCUCACUUCGGUCAAAGACAUCCAAUACCUGAAGGAUUCCUUGGCUUUGGGCAAAACAGACGAGGAGGCACUCAAACAGUUCCGGCAGAAAUUUGAUGAGGCUCUGAGAGAGAGCUGGACUACCAAAGUCAACUGGAUGGCCCACAAUGUUGCCAAAGACAACCGUUCCUAGAGCACCAGAGACACGUUGAAGGCAAGGAUGCAUCCACGUAACAGGCUGAUCCGGUGUCGCUCUUUGGCAUUAGGUGUGAUGUCUUUGCCACAUGUACUGUAGAAGCGAACGGGUACAUGGUCUCACCACAGCCCCACGCUCCUUCAAACAUUCCUCUAUACUUUAAAGGACCAUCAACACCAACAGGAAGUACAGCUUGGCAGUGGGGCUAUAAGUGUACCCCAUUUCUGUAGGCGGAUUGUAUUUUUUUUAUUUGAGAUGCCUUUAUUGCUCUUCUCCUCAUUCUAGGAGACUUUGAUGGGAGUGAGCCUUUUGUCCUUGUUUUACAAUGGUUGACUUGAAUCAAAUUGGACCUUUAAACACUGGAACAUUUUUGUAAGAAAUGUGAGAUGGCUUUUUUUCCCCCGAAAGUCCAAUCAAGUCCAAAACAAUAAUUACUAUGAAUGCAAUCUAUUUUGUUUAAAAGAUAUAUAAUAAUAACCCGCCACCCAACGACAAUUGGACUUGCUGAGAAAUAACAAAAAGCAAAUGUUUUGGUUGCCGACUUUAUUCAUGAAUGUGCCACUUUUUCCCAGGAGCGGUUUUUAUAUUGGGCGAUUAUUUUUGACAGGGUGCACCCCCCAAGGAUCUGUCUCUGUAUUUUGUGCAAUAUCCAUCAAUGAGUAUAUAAACCAUAUCUACAUGUAUAAAAUUCCUACGGUCUUGGCCUAUCUUUUUUUUUUUUGUGUAGCAACUGUAGUUUGCACCACUAGCCAUUGACAGUCUUAGUUAGACACUGGAUGUUGUCAAAUGUACAGACUUUUAUUGUUGUUUGCUGUUAUUCAUAGGAGUUCUAUUAAUAAGUUUUAUUAAUUAAAGGUUAUUUUCCCCUGUGCUGUA